GGCAGCGGCGGCGGCAAGAACAGCCUGGUGAAGCCACCCUACUCCUACAUCGCUCUCAUCACCAUGGCCAUCCUGCAGAGCCCCAAGAAGCGGCUGACGCUGAGCGAGAUCUGCGAGUUCAUCAGCGGGCGCUUUCCCUACUACCGGGAGAAGUUCCCUGCGUGGCAGAACAGUAUCCGCCACAACCUCUCCCUCAAUGACUGCUUCGUCAAGAUCCCCCGGGAGCCCGGCAAUCCUGGCAAGGGCAACUACUGGACGCUUGACCCCGAAUCCGCCGACAUGUUCGACAACGGGAGCUUCCUGCGCCGCCGAAAGCGCUUCAAGCGGCAGCAGCUCCCGGCGCCCGAGCUUCUGCUGCGCGCCGUGGACCCCGCCGCCUUCCUCCCGCAGCCUCCGCCGCAGCCUCCGCAGCAGCCGCCCUGCGCCUACGGACCCUACGGCUGCGGCUACGGUCUCCAGCUCCAGCCUUACCACCCCCACUCCGCCCUCUUCGCCUUCCACCACCACUCUCCGCCGCCCCGCCAGCCCCCUGCCGCCCCC